GUGCGCAUAGCUCAUUUCGGCGCAUCCCUCACGGACCACGACUCGUCUCACCCUAAGGGAAAGCCUCGAACACCCUCCGAAGCGAUGCACGAGCGAGGGUAAGCCUUCCUGCGUGUAGUCCAUGCGCUUCUCGCUGGCCUUCUCGUCAGGAUACGUCUCGUUCCCGUCGCCCUCGUAUACGCGAUGCUUUCCCUGCACUUCCCAACCCCCUAGGCGAUGAGUAUAUGUAUCGCCGUCCGCCGAGCGAGGGGAAGUGCCACCUACCUGAGUUGCGAUCCCUUUGCUGACCUUCUCUCCAGUCCUUUACCGUCGCGCGACGCUCCCCGCGCUCCUCGCCAACCCCUCCUUUCGCGUUUCCACCGACUUCAACACGUCACGAGCGCUCGGAGCCGAUACUCACGUGAGCGGUUCGACUUUUGCACCCGCUCGUCGCCGUCGACGUCGAACGCGGGCUCGCGGCUAUCGAACGGUACGCUAUCGUCUGCAGUCCCCCCCUCGCACCCUUUCCGAUGCAGCGAGGCCGCUUGGGCGUUGAGCGUGACGGCUUGCUCGUUGACGUUUGCCCCCCUUCGAGGGGGGCAGGGAUGUGCUUCCCCGUCGUAGUUUAUUAGUUACAUUUUGUCUCUAGAGUACAAUGAAAUCGCG